AUGGCCACCCCUAUCAUGCCUCAGAACACUCAAGAAGUGGCUCAAGUGCUGGAUGUUCUCGAGGAAGCUCGCAAAGAGAAGAAGAAGGGCGCCUUUUCAGUGAAGAAAACCACAUUUAUCGUCAAGCAUUCCAGACGAGGCAUCCAGGUGGAAUCUUGGAGGCUUCAAGACUGGGACUAUAAGCGGCCGGAUCUGCCCACAUAUGCCCGUGGCUUCUUCACAACGAAAAUACCAGACAAGAAACCCGAGAUUGCCAUCCGUGGUUACGAUAAGUUCUUCAAUGUCGGGGAAGUGAGGGAGACGCACUGGGAAAGCAUAUCCGCAAUGACCCAACCUCCCUAUGAGUUAACACUGAAGGAAAACGGCUGCAUUAUUUUCAUAUCCGGCCUUGAGGAUGAGACCCUGCUCGUCUGUAGCAAGCACUCCACUGGCGACCGUUCGGAUGUCGAGAUUAGCCAUGCCCGCGCCGGAGAGGACUGGCUUGCAAAACAACUUGCGAUGAUUGGUAAAACCAAAGGCGAGCUUGCCAGCGAGCUUCACCGGCGCAACGCAACCGCCGUCGCUGAACUUUGCGAUGACUCUUUUGAGGAACAUGUUCUUGCGUAUAGUCCUGAAAGGGCUGGCCUAUAUCUACACGGCGUUAACCUCAACCUCCCCGAGUUCACAACUUACCCCAGCUCAGCCGUUCAGGAGUUUGCAGAUCAAUGGGGCUUCCAUAAGACAGGCUUGAUUAUCAUGAACGAUAUUGGGAAUGUCAAGGCAUUUCUUGAGGAGAAAGCUCAGUCCGGUGCAUACGACGGCCGUGAUGUUGAGGGCUUUGUCAUACGCUGCAAGAUGAGUUCUAGCCCAGGCUCAACUCCCUAUCGAGAUUGGUUUUUUAAGUACAAGUUUGAAGAGCCGUAUCUCAUGUAUCGCCUGUGGCGAGAAUGCACAAAAGCACUCAUCGCCGGCAGGCAGCCGAAGUUCAAGAAGCACGUAGCUAUCACUCAGGAGUACUUGAUUUACGCUCAAAAGCGCCUGGCAUCGGACCCUCUGUUAGGUCAGUUGUACAACCAGAAUCAUGGUAUCAUUGGACUGCGCGACGAUUUUUUAAAGUUCAAGAACCUCAACGGGGCAGACGCUGCCAGCAUGGGCGAGUGCAGCCCUGUUGUCAUGGCAGAGGUUGCCAGGGACUUAAUCAUAUGCCCUGUUGCUACAAUCGGUUGCGGCAAGACUACCAUUGCCCUCGCCUUAACACGUCUGUUUGGAUGGGGUCACGUUCAGAAUGAUGAUAUUUCCGGGAAAGGGCGCCCUCCUCGGUUUACCAGGGCUGUUCUCGACCAGCUGAAACAAUAUGCUGCUGUCUUCGCCGACCGAAACAACGCGCAGAGACAUGAGCGAAAACAGAUUAUUGCAGACGUUAAGUUGCAGUGCAGAACCGUCAAAUUGGUCUGCCUCAAUUUCCGUCAUGAUGAAGAGCACAUUAAUGAGAUCCGCAAGAUCACGCAGGAGAGAGUUAUAGCUCGGGGCGAUAAUCAUCAGACCAUUCACGCAGAAUCAAACCGAGAUAAGUACAUUGGGGUUAUGGAAGGGUUCAUCAACCGCUUCGAGCCAUGCAACACCGGUGUGCCACCGGACGACGGCUUCGACGUGGUGAUAAACUUGAAUCCUACUGCAUCGAGCCGAGCGAACCUUGAAACAGUGGUGAGACAGCUGCACCUGUAUUUCCCCAAUGUCGUUAAGGAGGUCCCAUCUGCAAAUGAGCUUUAUGCCGCCAUGGAGGUGGCAUUGGCAUACAAACCCAACUUUCACCACUCCAUUCCUGAUCGGUCGAACAAGAAGACUGGUUUACCCCAGCAAGCCACAUUGCAUACGACACAGCCGAGAGCGAAGAAAAGGCAGCUGCAGUAUCUGGCCGUCGAUAUCCCUACAGCCACCAUCAAUGCACUUCUUGAAGAUACCUUUCAAGGAAGUCAGACAGAAUCAUCGCAAUUUUAUAACCGAUUGAGGCAGACCAGGAGGGUACAGGAGAAAUUCCAUGUGACACUCAUGCAUCGUGCCAUGUCCCAGAAGUACCCGAAGCUAUGGACACGGUAUGCACAUCUCCACGAAGCAGCUGGAGGUGGAGAUGAGAAGCUUGGCCAGUGUGAGCUGUUGCUUGAAAGGGUUGUAUUUGACGAUCGCGUGAUGGCUAUCGUCGUGCGCCUCAUUGAUUCAGAACACAUUUGGGAAUGCGCAAACGACGUUGCUCAUAUUACAGUGGGGACGCGCGAUGAUUUCGUGAAGCCGAAGGAAAGCAACAUUCUGCUUGGAAAAUGGCUCAAGGGUGGUGUCACGGAAGGUAGUAUUGGGGAAUGGGUAUUUCAGAACCCGCCAACGAUCCAGGGCGAUGUUAGAGGUGUGCUAUAA